UUUUUUUUUGCUUUAGAUACUCAUUCAACAUAUCCUACACCACCAAUAUCAUCAUCAAAUCCAUCUAGUCUUGUUAUUCCACCUGAACUUUGUCCAAAUUCUUUAUAUAAUGCUAAAAUCGAUGGUAGUGGUUGGGUACAAAUUAAUAAUGUUUUUCUUCCAUUUAUAAUAAAAUAUCGUCAACGUCUUGUACCUUAUCAAGUUCUUGUUUCAUGUAAAAUUCUUGAAUCUGAUGAAUUACGUUCAACAUUAACACGUGCAACAUUAGCUGAUAUAACAUUAAUGAAUUGUAUGAUACGUGAAUGUAAAAUAAAUAAUGAAGAAAUACUUGAAAAUGCACCAUUAAUUAAUGUUUAUCAUGUAUUAAUUGGUACAAAAAAUUUAAUUUAUGUUAAAAUUUUACCAAAAGAUAAUCCAACAUCAAAAAUUAAUCGACAAUAUAAAAGUGUUUUAGCAUUACGUGGUGGUUCUUUAUAUAUAACAUAUCGUACAGUACCAUUUGUUUGUUCGAGUAAUCAUUCAUAUAUACCAUUAAACGAUGUUUUAAGUAUAUAUCCAUAUUUACAAACGCAAUUAAAACCUUUAGCACGUGUACCACGUACACAUGAAUUAGAUUUUUUACAACUUGUACAAAUGUAUUAUGAUGAAAAAGAAUUACCAUCAGAUACAUUAUUAAUUGAUAUGGAAGAUUUAAAUCAAACACAAAUAAUUCCAUCAAAAAAUAUGACAUUAAUUGAAUAUCAUGCUAGAGAAAAAAGUAAACUUGAACAACAAAUUAUUUUAUUAAAUAAUUCAUCAGCAACACAAACAAAUAAACGUAAAAAUCAAGAAUCACAUGACAAUAAUAAUAAUAAUAAUAAUAAACAACCACAACAAAAACUAAAAUCAUCAGCGGCAACACCAUCUCAUUAUAAUACACAAUCAACAACAUCUACACCAGCACUUAUUCGUCCACCAACAGGUUAUUUUCCUGCUCAACAACCACCGUCAUCAUCAUCCUAUACACCACAAUAUCAACAAAAUCAUUGGCUAUCAUCAAAUUAUGAACAACAUGGAAGGACUCGUUGGCAAUAA